GUCGGCCAAAAUCCCACCCUCUCUACCGUACACGUCUCUCUCUGCUAUGCAUACGAAUUCAGCUAGUCGAUCAAGGGUUUAAGUAUAUAUUUGAUCGAUCGCAGAACAAAUUAAGUUUCCAUAUGAUCAUUAUUCAACUAUUUGCCAGCUAACUCAUUUAGCAGAGAUAGCUAUACAGCAAAAGAAUGGCUUCAAUUUUGCCUCCGGAAAAUCUUUGCUUUUCUUAUUGGGCAGGGCUAGUUGUGUUAACUGCCUUAACAUUCCUGGUUUAUCAGAUUAUGAAGCCCCUGCAGUACUACUCUCAACAAGAACCAAAGGUUGAUAUUCCUCCAGGAAGUCGAGGAUUACCAUUGAUCGGAGAGACCUUACACUUCAUGGCUGCCAUUUAUAGUGGCAAAGGGUUUUAUGAGUUUGUCAGAUUGCGCCGUCUCCGAUACGGCAAAUGCUUCAAGACCAACAUAUUUGGGGGGACGCAUGUCUUUGUGUCGAGCACCAAGUCAGCCAAGGUAAUUCUAAACAAUGACUCGGGGAAAUUCGGGAAGAGAUACAUAAAAUCUAUUGCGGAGCUAGUGGGAAAUCAAAGCUUGCUUUGUGCUUCACACCAACACCACAAACUACUUCGUGGCCAAUUGGGCAGUUUGUUCUCUACAAAUUCUCUAUCAGUGUUCAUCAAACAGUUCGAUCAACUCAUUGUUGAAGCUCUAAAAGGCUGGGAACAUCAAAGCACUGUGGUUAUACAAGAUGAAGCGCUCAAGAUAACUUGCAAAGCAAUGUGUAAGAUCUUGUUAAGCGUGGAAAGUGGAUACGAAUUAGAGGUGUUGCAGAAGGAGGUAGCUCAUGUUUGUGAAGCUAUGCUUGCAUUUCCUCUGAGGUUUCCCGGGACUAGAUUUAACAAGGGCCUUCAGGGGAGGAAGAAAAUCAUGAGCAUAAUUGAUAAAGCAAUGAGGGAAAGGAGAGGAAGAAGGUUAAGGGCUGAUGAAGAUGAUUUUCUACAACAAAUUUUGAGAAAUGAAGCAGGUGGCAAUGGGCUAACAGAUGAAGAGGUCAAAGACAAUAUAUUAACCAUGGUAAUUGCAGGUCAAGAUACUACAGCCACAGCAAUGACCUGGAUGGUCAAAUUCUUAGGUGAAAAUCCAGAGGUGCUUCACACUCUUAUGAAAGAACAACUUGACUUGUGGAGAAAAACUUCGUCAAAGUCAUUUUUAACACUGGAAAGUAUUAACGAGAUGCCGUUUGCUUCGAAGGUAGUGAAGGAAUCCCUAAGGCUGGCUUCGAUCGUGCCUUGGUUCCCAAGACUAGCUCUUGAGGAUUGCAAGAUGGAAGGAUUUAGGAUCAAGAAAGGGUGGAAUGUAAAUGUUGAUGCUAAAUCGGUACACCUUGAUCCGACGGUGUACAUCGAUCCCGGCAAGUUCAAUCCCUCGAGGUUUGAUGAUGAAUAUUCAAAAGGAGGACACAGCAGGUUCUUAGCUUUUGGGAUGGGAGGGAGGACAUGUUUGGGGAUGAACAUGGCUAAGGCUAUGAUGCUGGUUUUUCUUCACCGUCUCGUCACUACUUACAGGUGGAAGGUGAUCGACCAAGAUUCAAGCAUUGAAAAAUGGGGGCUCUUCUCAAAGUUAAGAAGUGGUUGUCCGGUGAUUGUGACUCGUAUGGACGAAGAUAUAUUACUAGUGUAAUGUAUCCCAAAUGAUAUUGUGAUCCAGGUUGCUGUUUUGGGGAAUAUUGAGCAUCUUUCAAUUUAUGGUUCGUAUUAAGUUUGAUUCAUGGACCAAAAACUCGUCCCCUUCCCAUUAGAGGUUUUGAACAGAAUGAAAAAAAAAAAAAAAAGACCCUCCAACAUAGGGCAAAAGACAAGGACUCCAAAUUUGACUCAAGAAUCUCUGAUCUGUCUUUCAUCCAUUUUCUAAAAUUAGUUUUUGAUA